AUGCAGCGCAGCCAGUCGGUAAGCGAAGUGAGGGGUCGCGUGGUGUGAGAUACAGGCUCUUGGGUUGUGGUGAUUCUGUCUAUUGAUCUAGAACAGGGGUGGCCAACCUUCCUCCAGGAGAGAUACCGGGUAUUAUUCAGGCUUUUGCACCAGCCCUGCUCCAACACACCUGAUUCAGCUAAUCAAGGUCCUGGUGAGCAGCUGAUUAGCAGCAGAAGCCUGCAGUAGCUCUGCAGGAAGAUGGUUGGCCACCCCCUGAUCUAUCUAUGGGAUAUAUUGAUCUGUUUUGGGAUGUUGUUGAAUCAUCACGGUCUUCAUUCUCAUUCUCUCUUUUUCAAUGGGAUUCUGUUUUGCAGGUGGGACACAUUUAUAAAACGUUGCAGAUAGAAAUGCACCACACAGAGACUUCUGUUCAUUUAUUUCCACAUGAUUGAAGUUGUCCCCUUAGACACUGAUCCACCAUCAGUCUUCAGAUGUCCCCCCUAAUGGUUGAAUUAGUGGAGGGCUCUGAUGUCAUAGCAGGUGUGUCAUUGUGAACACACACCAUCAGAUGGCGCCAUGACACUAAAGCUGGCUGAAUAGUCUUAAGUAGAAUAGAAAAAAGGGUGCAGUUUCAGACAUAACAGAACACAUUGGAUCCCAGUAUGCCUUCUAUUGCACUUAGCAUCCCAACCCUCACAUGGCACUUCUGAGGGAGCUAGUAUGCCCUCAAAUAUAGCGAACAAUAUUAGAAAAGUUGAAAAACAAAUGAGCGUGACAUAGGCUACAGUAGGCUUUUUCAUGCUGUACUGAAUUGUGAAUUCGUCAGUUAGCCACUUAUGGCAGCUGUUGCUAUGGUGACGUGCCAUGUCUGCAUCAUUUGUCUUUUGCUGUGAGGCAAACCAAGCUCCCAUCUUCAGUUUGAACACAAAUAGCCUACAUACGUACACACACAGCUGCCUGUCUGAUAGUGUUAUUGUGUAGAGCAGCAUGUUCGACUACAGCCAAGUCUAGCCUCACUUUAUUACAGACACAGAAACAGGAGGCGGAAGAUGGUGAGUGGGAGUAGAGUGGGUGUGGACAGUAUCUGCUGAAAGCAGGGCAGACUUCAAUCGAGUAGAACCGCCCACAUGUCGAGAUCAGGCAUUGAAACACACACACACACUCACUCUCGUGUUUCAGUAGCACUGCUCAAUGCAACAUGAGUCCUGGGGCUGGACAUGGCAUGGGUCGGCUUGUUACGGGUUUGCGUGGGUUGGAACAAAACACGUGCUACCACACUGACACACACUUUGGGCUCUGGACAAAGCUCCUCCUGCGUUCACUGCAUUACACUACCAUCCCAACCCCCGGCUGGAGGUUGAAGUGUCAUAUUGAGAGGUGCACUUCAUUGAGACUAGUGCACUUGUCUGCUGUGUGUCUGUGUGUGUGUUGUCUCAUCUGUGUGUGAUUGAUAGAGAGCCUGUUGAGUGAGGACUGAUUGGUCUGACGGUUUGAAAGGGAUGGAAAGGGAGAGUGAGUGAGUGAGGAAGAGAAAGGCAGCGUGAGGGAGAGAAAGGCAGCGUGAGGGAGAAAGGCUGUGUGAGAGAGAGAAAGGCUGUGUGUGAGAGAGAAAGGCUGUGUGUGUGAGAGAGAGAGAAAGGCUGCGUGAGGGAGAGAAAGGGAGCAAGAGCGUCCCUGAACCACUGUAAUCUGAUUUAAGCUGCUUAUAGAAGAGGGGAGAGAGGGAGGGAGUGAGCGAGAGAGACAGGGAUGGUGAAAGAGUGUAGAGAGAUUGGAUGCACAAUUACAUUAAUGGACUUCAAAAUGUCAGGAUGUUUUUCUGAUCGUUCUGUUGGGAACCUUGUUGUCCAGUGAUGGUGGUUUUGGGAGAUCUAUGGAGCGAUGCUGGGAGGUUGACUGUUAGGACUAAGUAGAGACUCACGUGUGGCUGGUUGACUGCUUUGGACUGGCAAUGUGCUGGGGCUUUCAUUCUCUCUGCUGGUUCAAUCAGGGAUGUUACCUGAGUGUUGGGAAGAUGAUGUGAAUCAAACUCUUGUUCUUGCUCAUUGGGCGGAUGAAAGCCUUCACCCCUUAAACCUCUAGCCUUUUCUGACUUCUUAAAUCACUGGGAUGAUUGAUUGGAACUUUGACCUUAUAUUCCCUGAUUGGAAUGAUGGAUUUUAACUUUGAUGGACUUUGGUGAACUCUAACCCCUGACUUCUAACCCCUAAUAUGCUGAUAGCGUGGUGGUGUUCGGCCCUCCUUACCUACGUGUCCCUCUACCUCUCCCUGUCCUUCCUGCGUAGCUUGCUAUCUUCCGACAGAAAAGGGCGAAAGUCGACGGUCAAGUCGCGCAGAAAAAGACGCAGAAGAGGAAGGGCCCGUCUCCAACGCAGAAUGACGGCCCAGCGCAAGGUCGCCCCUUAGGGAUGGACCUCCAGACAGAUGGCAACGCCACACAGCAGGACCACAUGUGCAACCAUGAGGUGAGCCUCUGACUGAGUGAAUGAAAGGAAUGUAAAUAUCCACACUGUUGUAUAGGCUGACUGUAUAGUUUAAUGCAGCAUUUCAAUCAUAAGGUUUUUGUCAGGUUUGAUUGUAUGCCAAUCCAAUCCCAACUCUCUAUGAGCAUGUAUCUCUCCAUGGGUCAGAACAGGUCAUUCGUUUCUCUGUGGAAUCGAAAUGAAAACCAUUCACAAGACAGAUUGGCUACGGUGUCGGACCCAUAUGUCUCAACGUAUGGAUGUCAACUCAGCAGCCUCAUAUGCUUUAACACCACCCGUCCCCCAUCCUCCAAACACAUACACAGCGUAUAAAAUGGGUCACUAAACACAAAGAUGCUUGUGGUGGCUUGUUGUCAUAGCGACGUGAACGUGAUUACUGUGAACCAUGUACAGGCUUUAAAGGGAAAGUCCACCUAAUUUCAUGGAAAUAAUCAAGCAAGCCAUCAAUUGAGUGUGUUCAAUGAGGUGUGUUUGUGCAAUGCUAGAACAAAAGCCUGCACCAUCUGCAUCGUCCUAUAGCUCUCAAUGGCUAAGGUUAGAUAGUCACGCUGCUUUAAAGGUAUAGUUCAACCAAAUUAUCAAACUAGUCUAAUUUUAUAGAUAACCAAGCAAGUAGUCUAUGAAUAUGUGCAAUAUGACUAGGUUUACAUACCCACCAACUUUUUUUUUUUUUACCCUUAAGGAACCAGGGGAGACCGAUCAGAGACAUCUUACAGGAGUCCAGCGGAGCCAGGGGCACUUGGAGCAACACCAUUCCCAGGAGGGAAGCAGUAUCCUGGGGGAGCAGGCGGUCGGUGAGCAGCCUGAGGAGAUGGAGGUUAUGGGAGAGGAAGACCUAGUGGCUCGCACUGGAAAAGAUCAACUCAAGGUACUUAACUGUACAUGGUUUAUUUAAGCAGUAAGGUCCGAGGAGGUGUGGUAUAUGGCCAAUAUACCAUGGCUAAGGAUACAGUGCCUGGAUACAGCCCUUAAACGUGGGAUAUUGGCCAUAUACCGCUAACCCCCAAGGUGCCUUAUUGCUAUUAUAAACUGGUUACCAAUGUAAUUAGACCAGUAAAAAUUAUUUUUUUGUCGUACACAUGGUAUACGGUCUGAUAUACCACGGCUUUCAGCCAAUCAGCAUUCAGUCUUUGUCUAUGAAUGAGGAAAUAUAGAAAGCUUUUCCUAUUGCAGAGAAUGGAUGAGAAACUGCUUGAAUUCUACUUUCAUUAUUGCUGGAGAAAUUACAUAAUCGUGUUCUAAAUAUGUACCAGGAGAAAUGGGUUAGACGUGUGUGUUCAUAUGCAUGCCCUACAACAAAGGUUACACACACACACACUUCACUUGUGUGUUGUGCCUCGUUUCCCUCCUUCAGGGAACAGUAGUUAUAUUCUUAACUUUAUGGUUAGAUGCACUUGUUUGACACCCACACACCACCCACACACACACACACACUACUCCUAAUUGGGUUGGAUGUUUGCUCGUAUGGGGCUGUUUCUGACUAAUUAGAGAUACAGUGCCUUCAGAAAGUAUUCAAACCCCUUGAGUUAUUCCACAUUUUGUUGUUACAGCCUGAAUUCAAAAUGGAUUAAGUAUGUUAUUUUUCUCACCCAUCUACACACAAUAUCCCAUAAUGACAAAGUGAAAACAUGUUUUUAGAAAUGUUAGCACAUUUGUUGAAAAUGAAAUAUAGUAAUAUCUAAUUUACAUAAGUGUUCACACCCAUGAGUCAAUACGUAAGUCUCUAAGAGCGUUCCACACCUGGAUUGUACAAUAUCUGCCUAUUAUUAUUUUCAAAAUUCUUCAAGCUCUGUCAAAUUGGUUGUUUAUUAUUGCUAGAAAACCAUUUUCAAGUCUUGCCAUAGAUUUUCAAGCAGGUUUACAGUACCAGUCAAAAGUAUGGACACGCCUACUCAUUCCAGGGUUUUUCUUUAUUUAAUGCCAAUAGUGUGCAAAGCUGUCCUCAAGGCAAAGGGUGGCUACUUUGAAGAAUCUCAAAUAUAAAAUAUAUUUUGAUUUGUUUAACACUUUUUUGGUUACUACAUGAUUCCAUACGUGUUAUUUAAUAGUUUUGAUGUCUUCACUAUUAUUCUACAAUGUAAAAAAUAGUUAAAAUAAAUAAAAACCCUUGAAUGUGUAGGUGUGUCCAAACUUUUGACUGGUACUGUAAGUCAAAACUGUAACUCGGCCACUCAGGAACAUUCACUGUCUUAUUGGUAAACUACUCCAGUGUAGAUUUGGCCUUAUGUUUUAGAUUAUUUUUGCAGUAUUACUUUAGUGCCUUGUUGCAAACCGGAUGCAUGUUUUAGAAUAUUUUUAGGUACAGGCUUCCGUUUCACUCUGUCAAUUAGGUUAGUAUUGUGGAGUAACUACAAUGUUGUUUAUCCAUCCUCAGUUUUCUCCUAUCACAGCCAUUAAACUCUGUAACUGUUUUAAAGUCACCAUUGGCCUCAUGGUGAAAUCCCUGAGUGGUUUCCUUCCUCUCCGGCAACUGAGUUAGGAAGGACGCCUGUAUUUUUGUAUUGACUGGGUGGUGUAUUGAUACACCAUCCAAAGUGUAAUUAAUAACUUCACCAUGCUCAAAGGGAUAUUCAAUGUCUGCUUUUUUUUUUUUUUACCUAUCUACCAAUAGGUGCCCUUCUUUGCGAGGCAUUGGAAAACCUUCCCUGUUCUUUGUGGUUGAAUCUGUGCUUGAAAUUCACUGCUUGGCUGAGGGACCUUACAGAUAAUUGUAUGUGGGGUACAGAGAUGAGGUAGUCAUUCCAAAAUCAUGUUAAACACUAUUAUUGCACACAGUGAGUCCAUGCAACUUAUUAUGUGAGUUGUUAAGCAAAUCUUUACUCCUGAACUUAUUUAGGCUUGCCAUAACAAAGUGGUUGCGUAUUUAUUGACUCAAGACAUUUCAGCUUUUCAUUUGUAAAUAAUUUGUAAACAUUUCAAAAAACAUCAUUCCACUUUGACAUUAUGGAAUAUUGUGUGUAGGCCAGUGAUGACAAAUCUCAAUUUAAUCCAUUUUAAAUUCAGGCUGUAACGCAACAACAAAGAAGUCUAGUGAAUAAUUUCUGAAGGCACUGUACAUCUUUCUCAUCCACACUUCUCUCUAUCCCUCCCUAAGUUCCUCGCUCUCCAUCUCCCUCUCUCUGCUCAGUCUCCCUCUCUGCUGUCUCUCCAUCUCCCUCUCUCUGCUCAGUCUCCCUCUCUGCUCUCUCCAUCUCCCUCGCUCUGCUCAGUCUCCCUCGCACUAUGCUCUCUCUCCCUCUCUGCCUGUUCCUCUCUCGCUCUCUGUUAUACUUUUCAAAUGCAUUCCCCUUGCAAUCAUAUAUUUACCAUUUAGCAGACACUUUUAAUCCAAAGUGAUAAGAAUAAAAUGUAAUCAAAUAAGGUGUUAAGAAUAAAAUGUGUGUUUAUGUCUGUGUGCGCGUGCAUUUGUGUCUGACUCUAUGGUCUCUCUCUCUCUGCAGCAGUUACAGGCGGCAGUAGAGAAGCGUAAUGAGAUCAUCAGCAGACUGAGCUGUAACCUGCAGGAGGCGCUGGAGAGCAGAGACCAGGUACAGCAGGAGGCCCUCUCCCUCACUGGACAGAUACAGGCCCUGCAGAUGCAGCUACAGCAGGUACACGCACACACACACACACACACUUCAAAAAGUCUAGAAACAUUAAAAAGGUACAGUACAUGUGAUUAUGAUUGACAGAAUUAAAAAAGUUUUUAUUUCACUGCUAGUAAUGAAGAAGGGAAUGUACGCUCUUCCAUGUCCCUGUUCUCUUUUCCAGACCUCUCAGUUAUUUCGCUCCAGGACCCAGGGGGGCUCGGAGGUCUCGCUAGCCCAGCAGCAGGCCUCCCAGCCUGGCCACAGCUGCCACGACCUUCCCCCACUCCCCAACCACCUGGAGGUCCCAGUAAAAGAACUAGGGAACCAAAUAUGCACACUCAGAAUGGGACAUGAACACACUGGAGUUGGGUGUGAGAGCCUAGAACAAUGUAUUGAUCCUGAGAUGGAUGUAGUGAUGCACACAUUGAGGAGAGAGCUGCUAGAGGAGAGGGAGAAAAACCAUCUCAUGCUUUCCCAACUAGAAGAGGAGAAGAAAGGGAGGGAGGAGGAGAGGAGAGAGAUCCACCAGUACAAGGAGGAGAAGGAGGUGCUGAAUAGGGAAUUGCAGGAGUUGAGGAGGAGACUAGAGGAGGAGGAGAGGGAGAGAAGGAAAGAGAGGGAGGAUGAGAGAGAGAUGAGGGAAAGACAGGAAGAGGAGAAGAUGAGACUUGGAAAGGAGGUACAGAGAGUCAGACAGCUGUUGGGGGAGAGAGAGAGGAUGAGAGAGGAGGAGUUGGGAUUCAAGGCUUCUAAAGACAAACUGAACCAGGCAAGGGCUAGUGUGGAGGAGGAAGAGGAGGAGGAGGAGGGAGAGAGGGAUGAGGAGGAGAGAGAGGAGUGCCUUCUAGACAUGUCCCUCCCCAAUGAUGGCACCCCGCUGUUGGAGCGCUACCUGUCCUCUGCCUUCCCCUCAAACACACACUCAUCCUGGGCCAAUGAAAGUCUGGAGGAGUGCAGCCUUCUGGAAGAGCACAGCCUGCUGGACAACUCUGGCAACUACAGGUCAGAGGGAAAUGAAUGUGUGUGUUUUUGCCCUUAUGGUGGAUUUUCCCCCAAUACAAAUCACAUCUCUCAUCCCUCUCUCCCUCCAUCCCACCACAGGUUUGAGCUGGACAGUGACAUCGUCAGUGGUGGUGACCAAUCCCAGCUGUCCUUUUCGCAGGAAGAACAAACUCACUUUUCCGCCCCACAAUCCACUGCACAGUGCCCCCGCCACGACCCUGUGAACGAAAACAUGCCCUCCUUCGCCUCCCAGUGGCAGAACGACCCCCUCUCUGUCUCACGUGACGCCAGCGAGACCUCUGAGAGACUCAGUGAGACGUCGGAGAGACAGGAGGUCUCAGACUUGGGCAAGGAGCUCCUCAUCCAGCAGUGUGGAGAUCUCAGGGAGGAGGUGGCUCUGAGGGAGAGGGAGAAGGAGGUGGUGAUGGAGGAGUUGAGGAGGAGUGCUGAGGAGCUGGAGGAGGCCAGGGCCAGGUGAGUGUGUUAUAGUGUGUGUGUACUUGUCUAGCAUAUCUUUGUGUGUUGGAGAACGUACAGCUCAUGUUCAUGGUGUGUCGGUGGGCCUGUGUGUUUGUAGGUGGGCCCAGGUCUCAGAGGAGCUGCAGGAGGUGCACUGGGAGCUUGAGGAGGAGCGGGAGAAGAGGAGGAAAGCCGAGGAGGAGGUCAGCCUGAAAACACACGAGGAGGACAAUCUGAAGAACAAACUCUGCACCUUACUGGAGGAGAGAGAGAAAGAGCGGGAGGAGCGAGAGAAAGAGAUAGAGAGACUCAACUCCUCUCCUCUCCUAGAGAAGGAGGGAGGUACCCUCCUCCCCAGCCAGGAGCGAGUGAUGGAACAGCUAAAAGAGGAGAAAUCUCUCCUCCUCUCUCGUCUAAAACAGCAGGAAGAGCUGCUCUCCUCUGUCCGGAUGGCGAAAGGGAGCAACAAGGAGAACGAGGGGGAGCUGAGGGAGGUGGAGGAGGAGGAGAAGAGUGUCCUCCUCUCCAGGUUGAGGCAGCAGGAGCAGCUGGUCUCCUCUCUGCAGGAGGUGAAACAGGCAGGAGACUCUGUCUCCUCUGAAGUCCACGCUCUGUUCGGACGACAGCUACAGUCACUACAGGUGGCCAGGAACUUUCUUCUUCCUCCUUCUCUACUUCUCUUUCUAUUUCAGUUUUUCUUCCCCUCUUCCUCCCCUAUCACUUUUGUUUCUCCUCUUUCUUACUCGCUCAACUCCCUAUCUUCCACUAGCUAAUCCCUGUGUUUUUCUCUCUCUCUAAUUGGUUUGAUUGGUUCUAAUUGGGUCCAAGCUAAUAACCUCUCCUCUCCAGACCCAUCGGGACCAGCUCCUAGCCCUGCUGGAAGAAACUAAAUCCAGGCACAAAACCACCACCGCCCUCCUCGGUCAGAAAACCCUGGAGCUCGACACCGUUCGGAAAGAGAUGGACAGAGUCCAGAAGGAGGCGGAGACAGCGAGGCAGGCGGCGGAGGAGAGGGAGAGGAGGAUGGAGCAGACUGAGAGGGAGAAGACAGAGGUAGAGUCUGAGUUGCUGUGUCUGAGACAGAACCUGUGUAACCUGGAGGAGGUCCAGGCCCAGGGAGCGAGGGAGAGGGAGGAGGGCAGAAAGAGAGAGGAGGAGAUGGACAGAACCAUGCGGAGGAUGGAGAAGGUGAUGGCGGAGGAGCUGGAGGAGUUCCAGAGACAGCUCCGAGCCAAGGAGGAAGAGGUGAGGAGGAGGAUGACGAUGAUUAGGCUAUGAUAUGUAUUUGGACCUGUUCAGGAAGUACUGAACAGACAUGAUAUGAUAUCUCUUUUUCAGGUGGAGGAGGAGAGGGAGAAGUGGGAGGAGGAGCGGCAGGAGAAGGACGAGGAGGUGCAGGGGGUGCGACGUCUGCUGGAGGAGCAGCGGAGGGAGAGGGAGCAGGAGGUGAAAGCGCUCCUGGAGCAGCAGAUGCGGUCUGUGGAGGAGGCCACAGAGAGACUGAGGAGCUCUCACAGUGAGGAAGUGCAGGAGCUGCAGGAGAAACACCAGGAGGAGGUGUCUGAGCUGAGCGGCCGUCUGGAGAGAGAGCUGCGUGAGCAGAGAGAGACACUGGAGGAGGAGCAGAAGAGACAGAUCAGCCUUAUCAAACAGGUACAGACAGACACACACCACAACAACAGUAACCUAUAUGCAUACCUGUGUGCUGCUAGUCACUCUCUCUCUCCCUCUCUAUCUCGUUCUGUCUGUCUCCAGGUGAACGAGAGAGAACACCAGAGGAUGGUGUCGGAGAUGAUGUCACAGCAGAGGGAGGAGCUUAGCCGUUUGAAGGCAGAGCUAUCAGGGGAACAGAGAGAGAGCAUGGAGGCAGCCCACCAAGCAGAACUACUACAGAUGCAGGUACACACACACAACUAGACACAGGCACACACACAUUCACGCACACACACACAACCAACCCUACCAGGUUUUCCGUUAGCCGGUAAUAGCUGGCUUUUGGUCGAUAAUUGUUUUUAAUAAAACUGCCGCCGGACAAUUUUCCGGGAGAAGAAAAAAAAUCUCAUUGCAAAAUAAUUAUUUGUAGCCUAUUAAUUGAUGGAAAUACCAGUCGAUGUAAAUCCAUUUGACCGGUCAUGCUUAUUGGUCUACAGGUUAAUUUGCAUAAUUUAGUGGAAUUACAUUGGCGCGUGUGUAUUUUCGUUGGUCGUUAUGUUUAUCACACACUCACAGCAUACAGAUACAGAGCCUAUAUGAGCGGAAAAUCUGUCAGACAGUGGCGAGAGCUGCUGCUACAGGUCCUCAAACAGCUCAUUUGUUCCUGCUGGAGUGAAAUGUGCUUUUAUAAGCCCAAUCAUUGUGCAACAAUUCUAAAUGCAAUCGCAUAUUAAAAAAGGUUUUGAUGGCCACGAUUAAAAAUAGCUACUGGUAAUUGAAGCUCGCUUCCCAUUCGCCAUUCAACUACAACGGUAGGCAGGCACUUUACAAUGAGCAGGAGGCCGUAUGCAUUUUGAAAAAAUAUACUUAGUAGUUUGAAACCUGAACAUUUUACUUCAUAUAUGAGGCAUGUCUUGCAUUGCUUCAAAGUAAAAUCCGAUCAUAGAAACGUGGAGGCAAUUAUUUUGCAAAGACUUCCAAAUGCCAUUGAAACCAGUAGCCUAUUUCUUUAAUGUUCUAUUGGUUUUUAAAUAAACUUCCUUUCGUUGUCCAGUAACCAAAGGCACAAUCCUAGUCAUAUUAGCAACCCAUGCUAGUUGCUGCAUCUUUAGAUCUCCCCUCUUUCUAAAUUUCGACUGGAUAUUUUAAUCUCUGUCACAUGAAUGAGUGCUUUUGACAACGGUGUUUUACUGCUAAUUGUAUUAUGGAACGAACAUACUCGCGUAGCCUACUGCCUUGGCGCAUUGCUGCGCUUAUAAUGUGAAGAAAUAAUAGUGGAUCAACAUGUUACGCUAAAUGAUCUGUUGCAUCGGCCUCAUUGCUUUUUAAAGUUAAAUUUUUUUUGGGAAGUACUCUAGGCCUACUGGUUGUAUGAAUUUGGGAUCUAUCAUCCCACAACGGUCCCAGAGUCAGUUUGGAAUAGGCUAUUUCUUUAUCCCACAGAACGACAAGCUGACCAAUAGAAUAGCGUAACUUUUUUAUGGGGAAGAUUAGAUUGAUUAGAUUUUGCUGUUCGUUAUUCGUCUUGUUGGCUAAGGAAAAGUAAUUGUGGCAGUUAAUCUAACAUCUUCAAAGUGCGCAUCGGAAUUCGCUAAGGACGCAUGCCGUUGCAGCCUCGAGUUGCAUGUUCUGUUAAAGCUGCGAUAUGUAACUUUUUGGGCAACCCGACCAAAUUCACAUAUUAAUGUGGGUUAGAGAUCUGUCAUUCUCAUUGAAAGCAAGUCUAAGAAGCGGUAGAUCUGUUGUAUGUGUGCUAUUUCUAUGCUUCCCAUUCUUAAGUUUAUUUUUUGCGUCUUUUUUGGUUUUGUAAUAAAUAUAUUUCACAGCGGUUUAGAUGGUGCAAUGAUUCUCUACACUAUACUUGCUUGUUUUGUCACAUAAACUGAAAUUAAGCAAGCUAUUAGAAUUUUAGCAACCAGGAAAUGGCGGAGUGAUUUCUGCAUAGUGCAUCUUCAUUCUGAGCACCGUGGGUGUACGCCUUAAUCAGGUUACGCACCCAAUGCACAUGGGUCCGGUAAAUUUCUCAAAUGUCCGUUCAAUUAAAAUGCUGCCGGUCAGAUGUCCGGCGCCGCAUUUUCCUAACGGAAACCCUGCCCCCUACCUACCUCUCUCUCCUAUCUAUCGCUCUAUAGAGCCAACAGUCCCUGGAGCUGGAGGCGCUGCGUCUGAGCCUGACCAACCACCAAACGACCCAGCUGGAGCUCUCCCAGGCCAACCUGCAGCGGGAGCGGGAGGCCUCUCUAAGCGAGCUCCAGGCUUCCCUCAGGGAGAAAUGGGCCCAGGAGAGGGCCGUGCUGCAGACCAGACAGCAGUUUGAGGUGGAGCGGCUGAGAGCUGAGAGUGAGGAGAGGAUCCAGCGAGAACAGCAGGAGUAUCACAGGAACAUGGGUGAGGAUGAUGGUAGUGGAGUAGGGCCCUCUCACUCAGACGCUCCAAUGCAUAGCUCUGUUGGUUAACAAAUGGACCUUCAUCUUACCUGAUUGAGUUAACUACCAUUGGUGACACUGUUUGUCGUUGUGUGUGUGUGUAGAUGCUCUGAGGCAGGAGUGUGAGAGUCGUGUCUCCCAGGAGAGAGCGUCCAUGGAGGAGCGGCAGGCUGCAGAAAUAGAGGCCUUGAGGUCCCGGUGGCAGCAGGAGUCAGAGAAGGCCCAGUCAGAGCUCCAGACAUGGCUAUCAGAGGCUCGGGCGUCACUCUCCUCUACCCAGGCAGCCCUCACCCAGACUGGAGCAGAUCUGUCCGAGGCCCGGGCAAGCCUGGAGGAGCUCCAGAGGCUGGAGGGGGAGCUGAGCCAGGCCUGGACCGACAGGGACGCUGCCGCCCGUGAGUCAACUAAGUCUUAUUAUGUGUUAUUGCUGUUGUCCAUACGUUGUAAGCAUGUGAUAAUGAUGUUAUGAAUGUGUUAUUGCUACUCUCCAGGUGCAGUGGAGGAUCUGGUGUCCAGCCACCAGGUGGUGCUGCAGGAGAGAGAGGAACAAACACGGCAGCUACAGCAGGAGGUGAACACACAUGCUCUUCUGUUUCUGAGAUUUGCUUUAUGCUUUGGAUAGUGCCUUUCCUAAACUCUCUCUCUCCCCUUCCUCUAGGUGUGUCGUCUGCAUGGGGAGCAGCUGACUCUGAGACAGACUUGUGACCAGGAGGUCUCUCAGCUCUGGGCUCAGAUAGACAACAUGAGGACCAGCCGCCAGGAACUGGGAGGUGAGUACUCACACACUCUGGACCUAUGCUAGAACAUAAUUCGUCAAGUAGUACAAAUUGGUUCGAUUGGUCAACCAAAAUAAUUUCGGAUACCUUCUCUUUUUCCAUCUCUCUUUUUCUUUCGUCUCUCUCUCUAGAGUUGAAGGAGCAGCUGCUAGCUCGUUCAUCGCGGGUUGAUGACAUCGAGCGUCUGAAGGCGGAGUUUAACGAGCAGAGGCGGGAGAUCAAGGAGCAGAACGAGGUCGAGCUGGAGAACCUGAGGAGGUACACACACACACACACACCUAUGCAGAUGAAUGUGCUCACCUACACACACCUAUACAGGUAGAUAGAUGCACAAGGUAUACAAGUGAACACACACCAAUGUAAACCCAUGCAAGUGAACACACACUUACACCCCAUUAAUGUGUACCUGGUCAGGUACUUUGAGCAGCGUCUGCGAGUAGCAGAGGAGAGCUACCGGGAGGAGAUAGCCCUGCUGCAGCUGAGACUGGUGGAGGGAGCCCUGGAGGACUCUGUACUCAAGACCCAGGAUGCUAGGUACGCUAAUGCUAGUUGGCCUUGCUUGGCUAAUCUGCCCACCAGCCGCCAAUUACACACAAUCUAUAAGCCUGGGCCAGUGGUGGGCCAUCUUACUGACCGCUGUCGUGUGUGUGUAGUUUCCUGUCUGAAGGGAGAGGGGAGGAGGAGAGGAGUGAUGUUCUGACUGAGAUCACACUGAAACUGGAGAAACACCAGGAGGCGUUUGACUCGCUGCGAAUCCAGUUGGAGGAGAGACACACUCAGGAGCUGUCUAACCUACGGUCCUCUAUGGCCCUGUCCUACAGAGAGGAGCUUCUACAGGUACACACACAACACCAGGGUUUCCGGUAGCCGUAAUAGCCGGCUUUUGGCCCCCAAAAAAGUAUGCAAUGCCGGGAUAAAUAAAUACAUCCCAUUGCCAAAAUGUGGGUAUUCAUUGAUUGAAACAUCAGUCGAUGUAGCGCGAGAGCUGCUGCUACAGAUCAUCAAACAGUUUGUUCGUUGCUGCUGGAGUGAAAUGUGCUUUUAUAAACCCAAUCAUUGUGCAACAAUUCAUAAUGCAGUUUUGAUUUCUCAUCUGGUAAUUGAAGCGCGCUUCCCAUUCACCGUUCAAGUGCAUAGGCAACUAGGCAGGCUUCAGCGCGUCACACACCACUUUGCAAUGCGCUGGAGGCAGUAUGCAUUUUGAAAACAUAUACUUAAUUGUUUGAAACCUGAACUAAUUAUGAGGCAUGUCUUACCUUGCUUCAAAGUAGCCUAGCCAAAAUCCAACCAGAUGUGCAGGCAAUUAUUUUAUAAAGACUUCCAUAUGCCAUUGAAACCAGAAGCCUAUUUCUUUUAUGUUCUAUUGGUUUUCAAAUUUAUUUCAUUGUCCAGUAGCCAAAGGCACAAUCCUAGUCAUAUUAGCAACCAUGCUAGUUGUUGCAUCUUUAGAUCUCCCCUCUUUCUAAAUUUCUAACGGAUAUUUUCAUCUGUCUCUUGAAAUCGCUGGCAUGUGCGUUGCUCUUUUGACAAUGGUGUUUUCCGCUAAUUGCAUUAUGGAAUGAACAUUUGCGCGUAGCCUACUGCCUUGUGCUCAUUGCUGCGCUUAUAAUGUAAAGAAAUAAUAGUUUAUCAACAUUUUACGCUAAAUGUUCUGAUCUGUUGCAUGAGCCUCAUUUGCUUUUUAACGUUUUUUGGGGGGAAGUAGCCUAGGCCUACUGGUUGGAUGAAUUUGGGAUCUGUCCUCCCACAACUGUCCCAGAGUCAGUUUGGAAUAGGAAUAAUUUCUUUAUCCCACAGAACGACAAGCUGACCAAUAGAAAAGGUCAACUUUUCUACUAUAGUAGAUUGACGUAGGCUAGUGAUUUUUCUGUUCGUUACUCCUCUUGUUGGCUGAGGAAACGUAAAUGUGGACAGUGAUUCUAACAUCUUCAAAUUGCACAUCGGAAUUCGGUAAGGACACAGGCUAUUUCAUCCUCGAGUUGCAGUUCUAUUAAGAUGAACUACCAUAAUCUAAAUGGGAUUUCUGUCAUUCAGCAUACUGUGGGGUGGAUGCCCUAAUCAGGUUAAGCACCCAAUUCAUAUGGGUCUGGUAAAUGUAAUAAAUGUCCGGUAAAUUAAAAUGUUGCCGGUCAAAUGUCCGGCGCCACAUUUUCCUAGCGGAAACCCUGACACACACACACACACACACACACACACACACAAGAGCUGUCUCACCUAUGAUCCACCAUGAUCAGGCCCUAGUCUUUCCUUCACUCUUUCCUUUUCUGUCUAGGUGCGAUCGGACCUGACUGAUCGUUACUAUGGAGACCUGCAGGAGCUGAAGACUCGCCACGCCCUCGAGAUGGAACAACUCCGCGCUAAACUGUCAGACAGCCAUGUCAGAGGUAUACGGACUCACACUCACACACACAAGCAAUUUGAAUAUUCUUCAACAUAGAAAUAGAUUUUCUCUCUCCUUCAAUGAAUCCUUCUCCUCUAAUCUGUUCCACACAGAGCUGACCAGGGUGCGUCUGGAGGCUGCCAGACAGGUGGAGGUAAGAAUGAUGACAGGGAAUGAAUUAGAUUCUGUAAAUCGAGGUGAAUCAGAGUUCUGUUAAGUUUCCAGUGGGAGUAGGAUUUCUAAUGUCAUGUGAUGUGAACAGGUGGAGGUGGAGCAUAGGAUGUGGUGUCACUCUGAGGAGCUGCAGACCAGAAUGACCAUGAUCCAGAACCUGGAGACACGACUGGCUGCUCUGACAGACACACACACCCUGGAGCUACGCUCACACACUCUGAAGGUACACACACACACACACACACUCUGAAGGUACACACACACACACUCGGAAGGUACACACACACUCUGAAGGUACACACACACACACUCUGAAGGUACACACACACACGCACUGGAGCUACACAUUCACUGAAAAUAUACACACACACUGGAGAAACACACACUCAUAGCAAGUACAUACAUACAUUAUUGUAUGAGUGUGUGUGACAGGGUAUUGAGUGUUGCCACAUGUUGACCCUGAGUGACCGUAUGUUGACCCGGGUGUUUGUAGCUGAAGCAGAACUUUGCUGAGGAGCUGGGUGUGAAACUAGCAGAGGAAUGUAAGGAAGAGAGGGAGCGAGUGAUGGAGGAGGUGACCCUGAGGAGAGAGGAGGAGGUGCAGAGGCUCAGACAGGAGCUCCAGGAGGAGGAGGAGGUGCGGGUCUCUGCCCUGAGAGAGGAGCUGGAGAGAGGGAUGGAGGAGGAAAGGAGAGCUCUGGAGAAAGGGAUUGAGGAGGCGAGAGCGGCACUCAGGAGUCUACAAGACUCACUGAACAACGACCAGAGUAAAUACCUGAAAAUGUUUCAUGUAGUUCAACAACUUCCUUGUUCUCCUGUCACUUCGUACGGUCUUUGCUCUUUGUGUCUCACAUGUCUCUCCCCCAGACCCCCAGGCAGUGGCAGUGAGACAGAGGCUAGAGGCCCAGUACGAGGCUGAGCUGACCAGGGCCAAGUCCUCCAUGGCUGCUGAGGUCAAGGAGCUGACCGCUCUGCUUCAGGAGCAGGGAGACCAGAGGCUACGCCAAGCCCAGGACAGGUGAGACCUGGUUGGGGUAAAACACCCAGAGAGACUGGGGGGUGGGUCUGGAGGUUAAUACAGUGUGUUUCAUAUAAUACCAGAGAUUCUCACUAUCUAAGUGAAAGUUUGCCCCAUAGUAAACAAAUACAUUCACAGAGCGAGUUAACGCUCUGUAUCUGUCCAUUCGUCUCGAAAUUAAUCUGGCUGACCUCUUCUGCAUGUGUGUAGGUUCCAGGAGGAGAGGGGGGAGUUGGAGCAGCGUCUGGCCCAGCAGGGUGAGGUUUCUCUGGGGGAGCUGAGGGAUGAACACAUGGGCGCCAUGGAACUCCUGAGAACCACGCUACUGACCAACCACACGAAGGACAUGGACACGCUCCAAACCAAUCACAAAGCAGAACUGGACUCCUUGUUGGCCAAUCACAAGGCUGAGCUCAAAGCAAUGGCAACGGAGAUUACAACAAAACAGAAGGAGGAGCUUGUUGUCUUGGAAAUCAGCCUUGAAUCAAAACGCAAGGCAGAGCUCGAUCGCCUGGAGGCGGUCCUACAGGAAACCAAUCAGGCUCAGCUAGAGGCACAGGAGGCGGAGUUAGAACACCGGCAUCAGGAAGAGAGGGAAGAGCUGGAGAAGAGGAUGCUGGGUAAUAUGGACACCCUGGAGGCCACAUACCUGAGGGAGAUCCAGGUAAGAACACACACACACACACACUGUUUUAAAUCUUGUAUAUCUAUUUAUUUAUUUUUAAUUAACCUUUAUUUAACUAGGCAAGUCAGUUAAGAACAAAUUCUUAUUUACAAUGACGGCCUACCCCGGCCAAACCCUCCCCUAACCCGGAUGACGCUGGGCCAAUUGUGCGCCGCCCUAUGGGACUCUCGAUCACGGCCGGUUGUGAUGCAGCCCGGGAUUGAACCCGGGUCUGUAGUGACACCUCUAGCACUGCGAUGCAGUGCCUUAGACCGCUGCGCCACUCAAGGAAUCUAUAUUCCACAUCUAUUUUAUCUUCAUGUUCCCAUAUCUCAGACUCUGCGCGAUCAGAAGUCUGUGCUUGAGACGGAACAUAAGCAGGAAGUGGAGCGUGAAAGGUCAAGGCUUAACCAGGAAGUGGAGCGUGAAAGGUUGGAGCAGCAGUCUGUCAGGGAGGAGCUAAGGAAGGAGCUGGCUCAGCUUCACAUGAAGAAGUUUAGCGCCAUGGCAACAGAGCUCAGCCACACCCACCAGGUGAGACAACAAAGUGGUCAUUUGAAGUCAAGGAAAGAUGCAAAUUCACACAAAAAAAAAUAGAUGUAUUGUAUAUUCAUUAGACAAUUCUGAUGUUAUUUCUCUUUCUUGCUCGAUCUCUCUCGCUCUCUCUCUCUCAGAAUGAGUUGACAAUCCAGAAAGAGGCCUUAGAAGCUCAGUUGUCUGUCCAGAGAGAGGCCUUAGAGGCUGAACACCACACGGCUCUGGAGGCCCUCAGGAAAAAGGUACUCAUCCCUCCAUCUCUUGGCUGACCAUCCGUCCAUCCAUUCAGGUGUUUGAUCUCGUUGUGUCUGUCCCCAGGUCAUGGAGUUGGCACAACAGCACUGCACCGCCUUAGAGGAGCUCACACACACCUACACCUCAGAGACACAGCAACUCAACACACAGCACCAGCAGCAGCUUCAGGUCUGACAGACUUACACACCAUCCCGGAACAUUCCAUUCCCCUUCUCAGUAGUCUUAAUGCUGACUGUGUCUCUAAUGGCAUAUAAAAGCGAAGGGAUUACUCUCUCAUUGUGCGUUCACAAACUGUAUUAGACGAGGGGUCAUUGUGUGUGUGUGUGUGUGUGUGUGUGUAUAGGAGCUAAAGAGUGCAUCUGCGAGGGAGCUACAGGCGUGUCGCCGGGAGCUGGAGGAGGAGUCGUCAAGGCAACGGCUGCACUUCCUGGAAGAGGUUGAGCUUCUGAAGGCCCAAGCAGAGGAGAGACUUCAGCAGAUGAUCAGCCAACUGAAGGUGAGAGGAGGAGAGAGAUGGAGAGAGGGAGGAGGAGGAAGGAGGGAUGACAGGUGGAGGAAGAGGAAUUAACUUGCUGUCUGAAAGAUUAGAGGAAAUAUUCAUCGUAUUUCUUGAAGCCACCAAAUCCUUUCAUAUCUAUACAAACGCCUAGGGCAAAGGGGGACUUAGAGAGGGUGGGGGAAACGGAGUGAGGUCUUCAUCAGCCUAAAACAUUGCAAUGAACUAUACAGGAGCAUAUGCAACAGUGGUGUGGGAAUGUCUUUUAGGACACAUUUCAGCUGAACUCAUUCGGUUGUGCAGCUGACUAGUUAUCCUGUUUCCCCUUUUCCUGUCAUGAUGUUACAGUAGUCUGACAUAGUGCUCCAUGUGUAGAUCACUGAGAGAAACUGAAUUCUGACAGAUUACAUUAUAUAAUGGGGCUGUAUUUUGGAGGUCUCUCGCUCUCUGUGUGUGUGUGUGUGUGUACACGCACACCCCAGCAGGACCAGUUCUCUCCCAGGGUUAGCCCAUGCUUGGCCAGUGUCCCAUGAGAUUUACACAACCAUAAUCCUUCCUUCAUAUAGGACAGUGUGUGUUUUUGGUAUCUGUAUUUCUGUGGGUGUGUGUUACUGCCACGUGAACAGUGGCUAAAUGGGAUGGAUUUUAGCUUUUGAUCCUCAGAUGCAGAAGGUUUUAUUUUGUACACUUUUUUUUUUUUUUAUGCAUUUGAGCUGAGCGAAAGCUAGCAGUCAGUCAGUCCAAAUCAGCCUGGGAGUUUUUGGUUGUAGUUUUAACGUAGAACGUUGGAAAAGGGGAGAGCUGUUACCCAAUAACCUUGGGGGGAGUUUUAGAACAAGUCCUAGAACAGAAGUGCGGUCUGUCUGGCAGUUUGGACAACAUGACCAACAUCUCUUUCCUCUGAAGGCGGAGUUUGAGGAGCAGAAGGAGGCGGAGCUAGCAGAACAGAGGCGGAGCUUCAGUUCUGAGCACGAGCAGAAGGAACAAAGCUACACCGACAAGAUGAGCCAGCUCACUGCACAACUGCUACAGCUGGACACUGUGGUGUCACAGGUAACCCACACCACACACACCAGAGUAUGUGAGCGUGCCCAGUUUGGCUGGAGCGUCGGCCUUCUUGCCCGCUCCAAUUUCACUCCAGUAGCACUCACUUCACGAGCUCAGGGCAUGCCCGGCCCAGCAUGCAUUGGUAGUGUACUUGUGUGCUGCUAUAGCCCUUUGCUUUAUCUACUGUCAUGGAGAUCGCUAAAUAUUUUCAUAAACUGAUAAAACACACAGUUGCAAAAUCAAGAUGUAGUGGUGAUGUAGUGUCCACAACUAAAGACUCAUUGUGGAAUAUGAGAAAGCAUGAUGGUGUACUUACUACAUGCACAUGCUAAAAGAAAGAAACGAGGUGGGUAGAUAACUAAGUGUUACAUUGUAGUAAAGUAUUUAUAAACCAAAAAUCUGAUCUCUUAAACGUUUUGUUCAUUUUUGUUCUAUUAUCUAUACAAUAGGCCAUAAUUGAUUUUGGCCCAAUAGGCCUGGCAUAUUCCAACUUUCAAGGAGCUUUCCGUUUUGAUUGGGUUAUUUUGCCUAAAAACCUUUAGGCCUACCUAUAUAAAAAUAUAAAUAUCUGCAUCCCCAGUGGCUCUGCAAGUGUGGAGAGGGUAUUCUCCGCUGCUGGCCUGCUCUCCAGGCAUCAUCGUAUGAGCCUGAAGCCACAGAGUGGCCAAACUUGUGUUUCUAAAAAUGAAUUCAAAGGCACUAAUAAGUCAUUUUUCAUUUAAUUUGUAUUUAAUUCUAAGUAAGUCACAGCCUAUAUGUGCAAUUUAUAGACUAUAAUGAUUUAAUACACCACUUUGUGUCCCUACCACUCACAAAUGCUUCACAAUGUAUUUCUUUGUAGACUAUAGCCUUGAAAUAAUGUAAAUAAUAUAGCCUAUAUAUAAUUCAUUUCCGUUCAUUCUUAGACUCCCUGUCUAGUCUGACCUAUUUAGUGUUUAUAUGCUGUUUAAUAUGACAUGUAGCCUAUUUGAAAUGAUGAGCGCUUCUUACAUUCACCUUUUCAUGUUUAUUAUAAUACUUUUCAUUCAAAUCAUAUAGUUUGGUUUCAAUACUUCAAAACUAAAUGGUAGAUCCAGGUAGUCACAAAAAUAGAUCAGUGUUGGUUAAAUUGUGAUUUUAAUGAAUGGCGCAAAUGCCGUUUUCUUUCCUGUGAGCGCGGAGCGGUUUUUAGCAGAGCGGUUGGAAAGCACUUGGAGCGAAAUCCCACUCCAUGAGCAGGAUUUCCAACCGCUCAACUCCACUCACAUACUCUGACACACACACACACACUGUUAGUAGGAAAUGAAUUCUGUGGGCAAGACCAGACAAGCCCAACUAUCAACAGGGCUAGAGAGGGGGGAACAAAGGGAGAAAGGGAGAGUAUGGGAGAUAUAUAAGAGGAGAGGAGAGAGUUGGGUUACAAAGAGAGAAGGGAAGAGGGUGAUUGUGGCGGGAGACUUGCAGGAAGAGAUUUAAAAAGGGGGGAGGAUGUUGUUUUUUUCACUCAUAACGUCUAGAAACGCACACACUCACAGCCCAGUGGCUCUUCUAAAGGGAUUAUCUUCCUCAUUAAUCUCAAUACUAAUCCCGUGUGUGUUCUGUCCGGCAUGCACACACCCUGCUGGCUGGAUGAAAAUCUCUCAUCUCUAAUCUCUCAUCAUGCAUAAUGGCAUUUCAGUUACAUGCACAUUCGUCCAUUUGUCUAUCCAUCAAUUAUUUUGUUAUCUAUUCAUCCAUCCAUUACUCCCAGUAUGUUUAUCAUGGCAAAGUUCCCAUGCUAACCAUGACCAGUUUCUGCUUUCUAUCCAACCUUAUUCAUAGAGACAAUCCGUUCAAUGCUAAUGCUAUUUUAGACCCCCCCAGGGGUGUGGGGUGUGUUUCCAUUGUGUUUGUUUCCAUGGAUCAGGUAGUGUGGGGUAUUUGUGCUCCAACAACUACCCCCCACCCCCUUCCUUAAUCAUAAGGGAUAAUGGGGGGGGGGGGGGGGGGUGUUGCUAAGGCAACUAGUGUUGGUUGUUAGACAUAGAGGGAGGGAGAAAGAGAGGGAAGAAAUUGUAAGAGAACGAGCGAGACUGCGGGAGAGAUGAAGAGAGGAGCCAAGUAAAAGCUUUGGGAAGGAGAGGUAAAGGGAUUCAGAGGGAGAGAGAAGAAAUGGGAGGUAAAGGGAGGUAAAGGGAGGGAGGGAGUUCAGCUUUCAACUCACUCCCACUCAGUUGAUGUUGAAGCAGAGAGCUGCUGCCUGCCAGGCACGCAGGAUUACACCGUCGUUUGUGUUUGUGUAGCUCUACGUGUGUGUGAGAGUGCUUCCUGGAAGGCUAAACAGGCAAAUCUGAAACUAAUGGUGACUGGAAAUGGAGACUCUGUCCCUUUCUCUCUCUCUGAUUGGACAUUACGAGACACAUGGUUCUGCUUUUGGUCAUGUUAUGUAAAGGGAGUGUGAUGUUGAAUGCAACUGUGGUAUCUAUGACUGGGAGGACGAUUAUCUGAUCAUGUUUAGUGAUGACUGGUUUCCUGUCUCUGGCUUCUCUUCUCUCUGGCUCUCAGCCACACACUGAGGUUUGUGUUUUGAAUGUGUCUCUGUCUGUCUUUGUAUCAGUCCUGCUGUCCUAUGACACUCUCUCUCUCUCUCUCUAGUUGCGAGUGGAGGUGGACAGUCUACAGGGGGAGUUGGAGGGGAAGAGAUCAGAGAUGGAGACCCUGGAUACACUCCUCCAACGGCGAGAACGAGAGAGUCAGGAGGGAGGCAACCUCCUCAACAUGCUCACUGAGGACCUACACACUGCCAAGGAGGAGAGGUGAGGCUGUCUGGAUGAAUGUAGGCCUGACUAGAGUGUGUAGGCUUAAUUUUUUGAAAUGCCUUCGUUUUUUUUUAUGGAGUGUUUGUUGGUCAUUCUCCUCUCACUUUGACCUCUGACCCCUAGGCGCUCUCUCCAGUCAGCCAAUGAGAAGCUGAGGAAGGUUCUGGUUGAGGUGGUCCUGAGCACCAUGGCAAUGGAGGAGCUGAUUGGCCGCCGUGUCAGCGCGUGUGUUGGGGUCAGAGGUCAUGAUCAGAGUGAGAGGCCAGGAAAGGAAACAACCAAUCAGGAGACGGGUGGGUUGAAUCUAACAACUGUACCUGUGUCCUUUAAACAUUUGUGACAGGAAGUGAACAAGUACACGCUUGGGAAGAAAGGACUGAUAACUGUGUGUAAUACCUGACCUGUCUCCUCUCUCUCCACUAGGUGUCUCUGUAGCAGAUAUGUCGACAGGCGAUCUGGAUCUCUCUCAGCGUGUGUGUGAGAGCCUUCUUCUGGCAGAGUCACAAACACACUCUGGAGGAGAGGAAGCAGCCCUGGGAGCCUGCAGCCGACUACGCCACUCUGUGGACACACUCCUGGAGCUACUCACCCACGCUAACACACAGGUAACCACACACUAGCUUGUUGGUAUGCAGAGUCAUCGCUUAAUUCACAAUGAACGCUUGAGAGGUUAGUGGGGGGGUCAACACAACAUUCUAUGCAUUGAAUUUGUAUGAAACUCAGCUACUGAUCUUUGUGUUCCUCUGUCUCUCUCGUUCUCUCUCGGUCUCGCUCUCUAGUUGGAGGUGUCUUGUUCAGUCCA